GCGGCUCGAAGCACCUCGUUGCCUCUCCUCUAUCCCUCGAUGCCCAAGAACCCCCUGGUGGUGGGAGCACGAGCCUGCCCUGCCGGGCCCGAGGGACCAGGGCGUGCUGCUAGAGCAAGGUGCGGUGGCGGUGUGGCGGCCACGCCGGCCGGCCGGGCGGUAGCGCACGGCCCAACGGCCCGCCUUCAGGCCCGCCCCGCCGCGGCGGGCUCAGCCCGGGGCUGGCUCCUCGACUCAUGCUCCGCUCAAACCUUAUCGGGCGUGUUUAGCCAGUUGUCAAGUGACGGAGCAGUCGGAGCCACGCGUAACUCGUCUCCUCUUCUUCAUCCCUCCCCGCCGCACCUCCCGCAGCCCAAUGUCUGCAUACCGUCGACACCCCCUGGAGGGUGGUGUCGGCGCGGCUCCGCGGCCCGAGAGGCGCGGGUGGUCCGUGAUCGUGUGCCCGCGCCAGGGUCGUCGCCAUGGCUACGGCCAUGUGCACCACCCCGUCCACCUGAGGCUGGAGGCCACCCGGGUGAGCGGCUGCUCCUGCGAGGCCCUGCAGUGGAUCCCGCCCCAGCACAACCACCAGGAUGGCCGCCGCCCCGGUGGCCCGCUUCGUCGCGCCCCACUGCAGAGGGCCUACUCCCUGGAGCGGCCGCCCUCUCCGCCCGGCGCCGCACCCAGCGCUGCGCCCGGCGCCACGCCCACCCCCACGCCGCCUCCCGCCCACGCCUGGACAGCCCCCCUGGCGCCCCUCAGGGGCCACCACCCGCUGGCCGGCGCGGAGGUGCGCGCCAGGGCAAUGGAGCCGCCAUCGACGUGGAUGCCGAACACCCGCAGGCUGCUCCUGGAGCCCGCGCCGUGCCGGCUGCGAGGGCUGCCCGCGGGCCGGCUGCCCUACGGCGGCCCCGCGCUGCGUGCACACGCCUCCGCCUUCCACCCGGCCGGGGGCGGUGGCGGCUACCCCAUGGCACCCAGAGGCGGCGCGGGCGGCGCCCAGGCCGAGCUGCUGUAUGGGCUGCGGCCCAGCUCUGCUCCCGCUGCGCCAGCUGCGCCCGCCGCCCUGGCGCUCUUCAGUGAGCAGGCGGGCCGCGGGCGCGGGGGGCCGCACGGCGCCCCGCUCGAGCCCCCGCACGCCCACGGCGCAUCCCCCCCGAGCCUGCGAGACGCCCAUCUGGAGCCCGCGCCACUCCUCAGGUCCCAAGUCCUGCGAGUCCUGAGACCGGAGGAGUUGGAGCAGAGGGGCCCCUCACAACCCAGCGCCAGCCUCUCCGCGCCCGCCACACCCCUCACCGUGCUGCCCGCGGAGGAGGAGGACAGCGCGGCUGGUUCUGCGGGAGCGAGCUCUGAUGAGGACGACUCCAGCCUCAAGGUGGAUAUUGAGAAGGAGCCCGCAUCGCCAAAGGCGGCCGAGCCCACUUCAAAGCUAGCGGACACGAAAGGACUCAGCGUCGCCGAGGGCAGGGCUAACCGGCGGCAGUGGCUUCUCAGGAUCGUCCGGGAGAACUUCAACGAGCAAAUUGGGCUGCUGGUGGAGCGCUUCGUGCGGCGUCCGCGACAUGACAAGAGCGUCCGUAGGGUGCCUGGCAUCGGCAGGAAGGUAAACGUCAACCUGCAGAACUUCUGGAAGCGCAACUCUGGACAAGAGCGACUCAUGAAGACGAAGGACCUUCUAGGCGUGUACACCGACAGCGGCAUGGACUGGAAGGGGUUCCAAAGGUGGCUGACGAAAGACCUCCAGUUUAUGCCAUCCUGUGCUAAACUCUGCGCCCUGAGCCUGGAUAUCUACCAGAAGUACUGGAGCACGGACUGGGACGACGCUGGGACGACGGGUUGACGGUGGGCGCGGAGGGCGAGCAGUCGGCAGCCCAGCUGACGGCAUAGUUUUCUCCACUACGGCCAGCUAAGCAGGCCUGACACCGACACUCCACGCGUCAGCUUCUACAGCGUCGGCGAAAGGUUCAACUCCCUUUCUGCAAUGUCGCCGCCGACGGAAGAAAUUGGAUUCUGACGAGUGAGAUUUUCUAGUGAGUCUGGACGUGAUUUAAAAUCAGCGUUAUCCUCGUUAAAAUUGUACAUAUUUUGCUAAGGGGAUGAUGACCAAAACGUCCCGAGCACGGCAAGCCUGUCGCGAACAGCUGCUGCUUUCAGCUUGGCCCACUGUCACGCAAAAGUAAACCCUAAUCCUGUGCUGUGCUACUUAAAAAUCCAUUGGACACACAGUUGAUGCGCCAUGACGACCGUCAAUUAUUUUUAUAAGUGCCCUGAACUGUAAAUAAAUGAUCUUAUCUAUGUGGAA